AUGCUUUCAGAUAUUGAAACAUUGAGCAAUAUCUGUGAGGUUAUCCUCCCUCCUCUUCCAUUCAAUCAACAACCUCAAAACCUCAUUCAGUUUUUCUACAAAGAAGCUUCUGGCUCUCAAAAUCCUGUACCUGAUGAGAAAACCGAGAACGGGAAGGAGGGGCGAAGAAUCGAGAAGCAGGAAGGAAAAAGGAAGAAGAGGAAAAAGAAAGUAGUAGGUGCCGACCGACGACGUGGAGGCGGCAAAACUCAUAAGUAUUGGGUUUUCUUUCAUAUCCUCAUUUCUUCUAAUAUCUCAAGUGGGUUGCAGAAGUUCUAA